AGCACACCUGCAGGUCUAUACUGAAUAUUCAUAUCGUGACGUCAGCCGUCGCGCCAAUUUUAAUUUUGCAGAGCCGCAUAUAAAUAUAUGAGCUAGCGCUAGCGCGCGCCGUAUACAUCAUGAUCAGGAUAUGGGCAUGUACUGUGCUGAUAUCGUGUAUGUUGCAUACGAUACUGUAGCGGUAUACCUAGACCUACUUUACUAGAUCUAGGCUUAGAUCUAGUUAAGCUGUUUAGCUAUAUAAUAUCAUCAUCAUCAUCUGACAUCAGCAGCAGCAAAAUGUCCUCUCCCGACUCAAUGAGGAUGAGUAGUAAUGAGGAUGAUGUACCCGACCCUCCUCCGCCUCCUUCCCCUCCUUCGCCUCUACCCCCUCGCCCUAGGCCGUGGACCGACAUCUGGCACCCUGUGUCUGAACGAGCUCCUGCUCUUGGAUGGGUCUCAACAUUUGAGGAAGCGUGUGAAGUAAAAAAACACUUCGAGGUUUUUUCCUCUCUGACGUUUGUGUCGGAGAGGCAUAAUUCCUUUCCAGAAGGACCCAAACAAAAGAUCAGAUUUUCUGAUUCCAUCAUUGAAGGUGAUGGUACACCUUUCUUUCUGCGAGGUCGAUGGGAGUAUUCAUGUAUGUUUGGGCGAGACAAGCAUGCAGCCAGGAUCAAGAAAGCAGUAGAGGAGGAAAAAAGACAACAUAAGCAAGAUCAUCCAUCCUGCAAAAAGAAAAACAAGAAAAUGCAGUCAUCAAAGAAGAUGGGAUGUCCAGCCAAACUCCACAUGAGGGAAGUAGCAUGCAUCAUGGAUUUUAAGGCUUCUACCACCUAUCAGCAGAAAAGAGCAAGCCAGAGAGUGAAAGAGGCCAUGGCAAGAGGUGAUACCCUCCAGAUAGAGAAGCGGAUUUAUAUUCAGCUUCCUAGUGAUGAAGAUCACAAAAAUGUCCACAGUCUUGGAGAGGUGACAGGCUUCAUGAAGCCCAUCAACAAACAGGUGUCAGCAAAACUGGAUGAAUUGGUUGCCCAUGGAGUGAGCAGUGUGGGGGAGAUGCGAAGGCAUCUGAAGGUCCAUGUGGAAACUGUUCUGUUCCCUGAAGCAGCAACUAGACCACCUCUCACAAAUGCAGGAUACUACCCAUCAGAUGAGACUAUGGGUAAACAUAUCUACACAGCAAAGAUGCGGUUGAGGUAUUCCAAACUUGACCAAGACAAUGUCCAUCAGCUAGUUGGUGAGUGGCAAAAUCAGAGCCCUGAGGACAACUUUCUCCUAACCCUAGCUUCAAGCACUGACAUCAUCCCUUCAUCGUCCUCAGAUGCAAAUUUCUUUUUUUGCCACCAGACUAAAUUCCAGCGUCAUUUGUUGCACAGAUAUGGAAACGCAUGUUUCCUUGAUGCCACAUAUAGAACCACCAAGUAUGCCUUGCCAAUAUUUUUCUUGGCUGUCAAGACAAAUGUCGGAUAUUCUGUGGUGGGGGAAUUUAUAGUAGACACUGAAUCAAGGGCAGCCAUAAGAAGAGGGCUUCAGACAAUCAAGGAUUGGAUGGCUGCAGAUGGUGUAAGCUGGAAUCCAGAUUGUUUCCUCACAGAUUUCUGUGAGCGAGAGAUUUCAGCCAUUGAAGACGUCUUUCCUGAUGCCGACACAUACCUGUGUGAUUUCCACAGAGAGCAGGCGUGGAUACGCUGGACCAGCAGAGUCGACCAUGGGGUGUCAUCUUCCAAGGGAGCAGUCUUAAGUCUACUUCGUGCCGUAGCACAUGCAUCCACAGAAUCUGAGUACAAAAAGGCUUUGCAGACCUUGCGACUAUCACCUCAAUGGACCAACAAGAAACUGCAGCAAUGGAUAGAGAGAACAUGGCUUCCUCACCACAAGCGAUGGGUAUGGGCGUAUAGGCAUUCUGAUGCUCUCAAAGCCCACACAAACAAUGGCCUAGAAAGCCAGAAUAACGCCUUCAAACACAAAUACCUGGCAGAGCGAAACACCCUCUCUCUCUCUGGAAUGUUGACUGCUCUUGUAAAUGACUACCUUCCAAGCAAGAUGAGACAGUACAUCAUGGCGAAUGCAAAAGCCUGCAGCAAGUAUGGAAGGAUGUACAAGGAAGCGGUACCGGCUUAUCUUCAUGAUAGACCCCCUCCUUUCAUUAAGCAUUGCCUGGCUCGCUUGGAGUUUUCGAUGUCUAUUUGUGCUUCAGAUGUCUCAAAGAUAUCGCAAGACAAUUUCGAGGUGAAGAGUGAGGCAGCAAGGGGAGAGCAGAUUUACAUUGUUUGCCUGUCUCCUAGACUGCACUGCCAGUGCCGAGAUUUCCUGAGAUCGAAGCUGCCAUGUAAACAUGUAUUUGCUGUCCUGACUCAUCAGGGUUUGAAGUGGGAGAGUCUGCCAGCAUCCUUCAUCCAUUCUCCAUUCUACACUCUUGAUGAUGACAUUGGCAAAUUUGUCAAAGUCACUUCAGUAGAGGAGACUGGAGUGGAUAUCCCGACUGAUGAUCCCUCUGAUUGUGCAACUAAUGACAUCUUGUUGCCAAUCAGAGGAACACCACUCAAACGACUGGCAGUCCGUUGCCGUGAGAAGAUCUGCUUGCUUAGAGAUCUCACAUACCUAUGCAAUGAUGGGGAGGCUCUGACUGAAAUGAGUGAUAAGCUGCAGGCCAUCAUUGAAACUACGAGGCAAUCAUUGCCAAGUGAUGAGGGCCUUGUGGUUACACCUACACCAAGAAUUCACAAGAGAGACAAAAGAAAGGCUGGAGAGGUGACAACUCUUCCGUCGAGACGCAAGAGACAGAAGGUCACAGUCCCCAAGAACCCCAAGAACCCCAAGAACCCCAAGAACACCAUUAUAGAUGGAACUUUUGAUCUUCCAAAUGCAGCUUCUUCAGAACAGGCUGCAGCCAAAGACAGCGGUGGCACUUGCAAUGCACCAGAGACGAUACAAACACAUGCUGCUGAUCCAACAGGACAAGAACCUCCAAUCAAAGCAUCAGAUGAACCCCUGUGUGAUGCUGCUCAUCCGACGGGACAAGAACCUCCAUUCAAAGCAUCAGAUGUACCCCUAUGUGGAGCCAACUCCAGCCAUGAUGCACACAAGCCAAAGCCAGCAGCUUCUUCAGAACAGGCUGCAGCCAAAGACAGCGGUGGCACUUGCAAUGCACCAGAGACGAUACAAACACGCAACAAAGGGAGGCUCCGACAAGCCACAUUGAAAGAGUGCAGCAGAAAGAAGUUUGCAGGUGGCAGAAAGCACACAACAAGCAUCAUAAUUCCUGAAUUGGAGGGGCUCAAGAUUCAACCGCUUCCUUCACUAAAUGACGACAAUCGUUAUUCAGUAUGCGGGGAGACCCUUGAGAUUAGAGAUUUCAAGUCCUUGCAGUUCCCUAAUUGGAUAAAUGACAAGAUUCUCAAUUCCUUUAUGGCACUGCUGUCGAAGGAAAUUAAUGUCAACAGGAGUGACCACAUCUUCCCAAUCCCUUCGUAUGCUGCAGUACACUGGCAGAGAGCUAUGUAUCAGACAUGGCUCUUCAAGAAGGUGAACAUGCAAAAGUACAAAUGGAUCUUUCUGCCAUUCAACGUUAAUAAGAGUCACUGGGUACUCUUGGCAGCUGAUGUGCAGAGAGGAGAAGUUUCGGUUCUGGACUCCCUACCAACCAAUCCCAACACAUCCAUCAACUGCAUAAAGAAGUUCAAAGCCUACAUGGCAUGCAGAUCAGAGAAAAUUGGAGACCUAGCUGGAACGUCAUGGAAGGUUGGCAAUCUCCAGUCUGCCAGGCAAGAAGAUGGACAUUCCUGUGGGGCAUUUGUCAUGUUGAAUGCUCUUGCCAUUACAAGAGGGAUUGAUCCUCGAAGCGUUGGGAAAUAUGCCAAAGACAUGAGGGUUUAUGUCCAGAAUAAACUGACCACCAACGCUGUGCCCCCACCUGACCAGCGGAAAACCUGUGACAUGGUUGAGUGUCUGAUGGCCCUUUCAAAGAAACAACCUACCAGCACCCGACCUAAAUGGGUGCAGUGCGAUGUUUGUGGUCGCUGGCUGCAUCUGUACUGUGUCUCAAUCAGUGAGGCACCAGGGGAAGGUAUUGAUUAUGUAUGCCCGGUUUGUUGCGCUCAAUAUGCAUAGUCAUUGUGAGUGAUGGAAAGCGUAUGGUGAUAGUAGAUUUCAUUGAGCUAGAUCCUGUGAAGCAGUUAAAGCCAAAGCCCCUGCUUGCAUGAGCUUCAUCUUGAGAUUCUACUAAUCAAAUAGAAUUUCCACAACGCUUUCUUGAUGAUUUCAUUCACAUGACUAUUCCACCAGAGGUUAGCCUGGAUAAUAACCCCAAGCAAUUUCAACUCCUUGACUUCUUCAAGAACAUUGUUACACAGCUCAAUGCGUGGAAAGGGGAUGGCCGCUCAUGAAAACAAUACUUGCAUCACUUUGCACUUUGCUGGAUUUACCCUGUGGCAUACCUCCACUAGGCAUCAAGGAUGUUGACAGAACACCGUGGUAUCUCGUCACCUGUACCCUUUGGUGUAAAAAGCUGCAAAUCCAUGGGAGGAGUGCUGGACGGGCACCCAUUAGGUGAAGCUUGCUAACAGCAAUGUUGUGGUUCACUAAAUCAAAUGCCUUGGUGAAGUCAGUUAUCACCAUAGUUGACACAGUCUGUGGCUUGUCUGCAUUACUGUGCAAGGCCAACAAGGUAGUGGAUAGUGGAGACACCUUGUCGGUUGCCAAACUGCUGCUUGUCGAUUCCUUGACAAUGUCACCGAACACCCACCAAUAGGUCGAAGUUUGUCAAUAGCUAGUGGAGAUUCCUUGGGGACUGGACAGACAGUUGACUUCUUCCACUGCAUAUGGACUACUCCUUCGAGCAAGGAUUCAUUGAUGACAUCACAAAGUGGGGAGCUCCUUUCAUGGAUCAACUCUUUGACUUUUAAUGUGACCCAUGGCUUAUCUUUACGAUGUACCUUAAUUCACUUGGAAGGGAAAUAAAGGUUGUUCACUGAGUUGAGAUCACUGUAGAAAGCUUCACACUUUGCGUUUGCUCCAUUUGCAUUAUAUACUGAAGACCAGUCAUGAUGGACGAUCCAGUCACCAAAGCAUCUUACGUCCGAAUCUCGCAUUAGUUUGAUGGUUUUGCGACAAGUUUGAUUUCUGUGUCUUACUUGGUUGGCUUUUGGAUGCCAUAUUACUCCAUUGUGGUCACUACGUCCUAAAGGCAAUAUUAGUUGAACAGGGGAGUAGUGCAGGUGUAAGUUGGUGAUCUUAUCCAAAAUGGCAUCUUUUUGUGUUGCCUUGUUAACAACUUGUUUCAGUCUAUGACUAUUGAUAAGUUGCGUCAAAUCUAAUCGGUUAACAUCUCAAGUAUGAUUAUUCCUGUGUCUUAAUUGAUAUCUCGCAAAAUUCUCAUCUCGCAAAAUUCUCAUCCGUAGAGUUAAUCAAGUGUUGAAUGCAGAAUGCUACUAUCUGGAUGAUUCGGGGGGUAAUAUACACCAACGCCACAAAGAUAGAUGAUACAGUGCGGGGUAAUCAGUGUGGCUGUAGUCUGAUCCAGACAACCUCAAGUUUGGGUGGUACGCUGAUAAAUGGCACGGGGGUGUUGAUCUAUGCCAUCCAAAAGUGUGAAAAGUGGCUUUUCUUAGCUUACCUAAUGUUGCAAAGGGUUUUGAAUCUGCCAUACUGAGCUUUGACAACUGACCCUACCCACAAUACUAAAUGUUACUUAGAAUUAUGGACGUCUGUAAUUAUGAACAAUUUUUUGAAAUUAAUGGGUCUUUCCAAAGAAAAUGUUACGGUAUAUGUAGUUGUGCAUGCAGUUAGGGCUUCAAUAUUACACCAUAUCACAGACACUGGUAACAUGUAGGAACGUGUAUCUCAGAUUUAACAUUGUUAAACGAUCCCUUUAAAGGUAA